UGCGCGACGGAGACGCGCUGUCCUUCACAAUGCUCAUGCUUCUGCGUUAAAUGUACAUAGUUGGUGUUUUGAUAGGAAAACAGUAGAUUUAGGUUGGACUAUAUCCACGAAAUUUGAUCGAUCAUGGCAGCUCCAAACGCAGUGGAACGAAAGGUCUGCUGGGAUGCCAGGGACUUAUUAUGGAAAUGUAUGGAUGACAACAAUGACAAGGCUGCAGCUUGUCAGAAAUUCCAAAGCGAAUUUGAAUCCAAGUGCCCUGCUCAGUGGGUCAAGUAUUUCAGUAAAAGAAGAGACUUCUUGAAAUAUAAAGAGAAGAUGAAUACAGAGGGGUUCACACCUUCAGAUGGUCCCCGGCAGCCUUCGUAACCCUAAAAUUUGUGACUUUUUGCCACAAUCAAGCCUUGGUGACAUUUAUGCUGAUUGAUUGAUUUUUAAAUAUAUUUAUGUGAACAAAUCAAAGUUGCAUUGGGUGUUCCUUUGACUGUUUGUGAUCGUGCACACUUUAUACAAAACUACAUGUUUGUUGAAUGUAUUUUAUUCAUAUACACAUAUUUGGUCUUCCUAACAUCUGUAAAUACAUGGAACCAGCUCUUUGUUGUAUUUACAAAAAUAAUCCGGAAGGCCUCGACAGCGACUCCACUGAGUUGCGCUCAGCGUGACAACGUGAAUAAAUUACAAAUAAAAGAAUAAAUGCAUAC